AUGCCUCGACCAAAGAAAAACAACAGCACUCAAGAACAAUCAGGCUUUAACAAUAAUGAAAAAUAUGCAAAGUUUAACACUAGUUGGUUUAAUGAAGCGAUGACCAGGGAACACAAUAAAUAUUGCACAAGUGCACUCAAAAUAUUAAAACGUCACCCGUCUGCUGCACCUUUCCUAGAACCUGUAGAUCCGAUUAAACUUAAUAUUCCUGAUUAUCCUGAUAUUGUAAAAACGCCAAUGGACUUUACGAUGACCAGGGAACACAAUAAAUAUUGCACAAGUGCACUCAAAAUAUUAAAACGUCACCCGUCUGCUGCACCUUUCCUAGAACCUGUAGAUCCGAUUAAACUUAAUAUUCCUGAUUAUCCUGAUAUUGUAAAAACGCCAAUGGACUUUAGUACAGUUGAAAAAAAACUUAACGGUUAUGAUUACAAAUGUGUCCAUGAUUUUAUAAAUGACGUUCGGCUCAUAUUCUCAAAUUGUAUCGAUUAUAAUGGUGAACGACAUCCGUUUUCAAAAUUCAUUAAAGAUUUAGAAGAAAUAUUCACCGCACAACUUUCUAAAAUGCCUGGUGCUAAAAUUACCACUGUUGAUAAGCCUGCUCCAGUAAUUAAAGAAGAGGUAAAUUUAAUAAUUUACGUAUAA